CCACCGACUUGCCCUCCAAACCCUCGUCCCUCCCUCCCACCCCAGUACCCCCACCGCCAUUGCCGGCCUCCUCGGCUCCCCCAAAAUGCAGCUCCCGCUCCACCGCGCCAUCUCCGCCCGCCUGCGCCGCGGCCUCUCCGCGGCCGCCUCGUGCCCUCAGUGGGCGAUCAUCGAGGAAGCGGCGCUGGUCAAAUCGACGUCGCCCCGCGCGUCCCUCCAGCUCGCCAACCCUCCGUGCUUCUCCAGCCUCCUCGUCCCCGCCCACCGCAUCGACCCCCUGCCCCGCCUCGACGCCGACCCCAGUAGCGUGGGCAUCUUCGGCGGCGGCGUACGCGCUACGAGCGGCGACGGCCUCCUCCUCCUCCAGUUCGCGGACGGCCCCGCCACGCCUGCCGUCGUCGCCAGGGUCCGCGCCGCUCCGAAAGGCGAAAAGGUCCGCCUUGACAUCGACCCCGACAUCACGCGCCUCGUCUGCAACCCCCUCAGCGGCGAGAUGGUUCGCCUCCCUGACAUCGACGGCACGAAGAAGGUCCAUACCUGGCAUGCCCACGGCAUCCUCACCCGAUCCGCGCGCUGGCACGGGCCGCCUGACAGGUACGCCGUCGUCGAGCUCAGCGUGGACGGUGAAGGGGAUAAGAGGAGCUUCGUUAUGCGGCGCUUCUUCUCACAGACAGGGGAGUGGGACAAGCUCGUAGGCUUGCCUUCCCCGCUCCCGCGGCCGCGGUGGAUUGACAUCGACCAUGAGGUGCUGGCCUUUGCUGGACGGCUGUGGUGGGUUGAUCUGACCUGGGGUGCCGUCUCUGCCGAUCCGUUCAGCGACCGACCUGAGCUUCGCUUUGUCGAGCUGCCGAGGGCGAGUGUGUGGCCAUUGCCUGGUCCUGGCCCUGCCACGAGAACGAGCAAAUUCCCGGUGCAGGGUAGGUACCGGCGCAUGGGGGUCAGUGAGGGGAGGCUACGCUACGCCGAGGUGUCCCAAAAGGAGCCUUUCUUGCUAAGCUCGUAUGCCCUCGACGAGGAUGGCGACGGCUGGACGCUGGAGCAUCAGGUGCCGCUUAGCCGAAUCUGGGCCGAUGCAGGAAAACAGGAAGGUACACCACGGAUUGGCGUUAUUGAUCCACUGAACUCAAGAUCCAUGUGUGUUCUAAUGGGAAACCAUUCUCUUGCCAUUGAUAUGGAUACAAGCAAGGUAGUUGGGUGUUCAAUGAUAACUGGUGGAGGGCCAGAAGCAUUUUUGACAGCUUUUCUCAAACCGUGUGUGCUCCCACCGUGGCUUGAAUCAAGCCGGAUCCCCUCUUCAGGAACACUUUCAAGGAACAAAGACAAUGUUAAAAGCAAGAGUUUAUCAGACAUUUUAGUUCGUGUAGACAGGGUGAAGAAGAAUUGAGAUGAAGCAUCUAAUUGGUUACUUGGUUCCUUGACAUCAACUGACAGAGGUGUUUUAACGAACUAGGAAGCAGAUGGAUUGUAGCUUGCAAACUCUUAUUUGGGGAACUCUGGAGAAAUUUGGGUCUAUUACUCUAUUGGCCCUUGCAGUUUUGUUAUUUUGUCUUAUCUCAGAAAAGUUUGUAAGAGGUUUGGUUUUCUUGGGUUUUUUGUUUUUCUAGUGGGCCAGGAGCUUUGCCUGCACGCGAAUUCAGAAAACUGCUGUAGAACGACUCAGUUCAAUCAGCAUGUAACUGCCGUCGCAUAACAUUAUCCAUGCUGUGUUCAGUGCAGGCCAAUGGGCUCA